AUGGAGGACCGAUUAUCCACAACAUCAUCAUAUCCAUCACAUUCAGGUAGAAGCGUGGAAGAGGAUCAUAAUUCACUUCUUGCCUCCUCCUCGAUUUCCUCAAUAAUCCGAGGAACACGUGGACACCUCAACAACUUUAUAGAAUCUGUUGGAAAUUGGCUGGUUCCCUCAUCAUCCGGUCGAGACGACGACGUUGUCUCUCUAGACAGUUGUCAAUCUCCAUAUAGUCCAGUCCGUCAUCAAUAUAACAGUGGUGUAGGAGGAGGUAUUCUCAUGGAACCCUCCUCCAUUCAUGUUCCCGAUAAUUAUUAUUCGGUGACAAUAGGAGAGGCGCAGAUGGUCGUUCUGAAACGGUAUCAAAAUCUCAGGUUGAUCGGGUCUGGAGCUCAGGGAAUCGUAUGUUCAUCGUUUGAUACGGUACGGAAUGAACAAGUUGCAAUCAAAAAGUUAUCAAGGCCGUUUCAAAAUGUGACACAUGCAAAAAGAGCGUAUCGAGAACUGAAGUUGAUGAGUCUUGUUAAUCAUAAAAAUAUAAUAGGAAUUUUGAAUUGUUUCACUCCGCAAAAGAAACUCGACGAGUUCAAUGAUCUCUAUAUUGUAAUGGAAUUAAUGGAUGCAAAUUUGUGUCAAGUGAUUCAAAUGGAUUUGGAUCAUGAAAGAUUAUCAUAUCUUCUUUAUCAGAUGUUAUGUGGUAUCAGGCAUUUACAUAGUGCUGGAAUUAUACAUAGGGAUUUGAAACCAUCGAAUAUCGUGGUACGAAGUGAUUGUACGUUGAAAAUUCUGGAUUUCGGAUUGGCUCGAACGGCGAUUGAGGCAUUUAUGAUGACACCAUAUGUAGUUACAAGAUACUAUCGAGCACCGGAAGUAAUUCUUGGAAUGGGAUACAAAGAGAAUGUUGAUGUCUGGUCAAUUGGUUGUAUAUUCGGAGAAUUAAUUCGUGGACGAGUACUAUUUCCGGGUGGAGAUCAUAUCGAUCAGUGGACUAGGAUUAUUGAACAAUUGGGGACACCAGACCGUUCAUUUUUGGAAAGGUUACAGCCCACAGUCAGAAAUUAUGUAGAGAAUCGACCCAGGUAUCAACCAACACCUUUCGAAGUUUUAUUCAGUGAUAACAUGUUCCCAAUGACUGCUGAUAGCUCAAGGUUGACCGGUGCUCAAGCUCGUGAUUUGCUGUCUCGAAUGUUAGUGAUCGAUCCAGAAAGACGGAUUUCAGUAGAUGAUGCGUUGAGGCAUCCCUAUGUGAAUGUGUGGUUUGAUGAGAUUGAAGUUUACGCUCCUCCCCCACUCCCUUAUGAUCAUAAUAUGGACGUUGAGCAGAACGUGGAUUCAUGGAGAGAGCAUAUCUUCAGAGAAUUGACUGAUUACGCAAGAACUCAUGAUAUUUACUCCUGA